AUGCAGAUCGCGCUUCAAUAUCAGCACACAAAAGUCCGCAAGUUUUUCAUCUCGCGGGGUUUUCUGGAUCCAGACCCUCAACAUGGGCACAUUUUUGAGGCGCUGCGGGAAGGAUCACUAUGCAAGCUCCGACAUGCCAUUGAAAAGCUACAAUAUCCUAUUGAUUCUCCAACUCAAUGGAGGGGUGAUUCAUUUUUGACCCCCAUCGGUGGGCGAUGUUUUGCUACCUGUACUCCGGUGUGGGUUGCCGCUCUGAAGGGCCAACUGGACAUCGUCAAGUACCUCGUUAACAACGGUGCUGACACAAGCGCUCAAUCAGAUCUUGUGCCGCCUGUCUUUGCGGCUGCAUCAGCAAAUCAGUGGAAGAUUGUGACCUUCUUGUCAGCAUCAGGCGCGCAUCCAGAUCUUGAGAAAAUUAGCCUUUUGGCGUGGAACUGGCUUGUAGCAUUCAAAAAUAAAUCUACGGCUUUAUUGAUUGAAAAGCUUGAUUUUAACGCUUUCGUAAUCCAUAUUCUCAAUUCAGUCGAUUCCGCUGAUUCAAGAGUUGCCUCCUUCACGGCUAUCAGCCUUGUGGAAUUUGCAAUGAAAAGUGGCAAGAAAGAGUUCAUGACACCGUUGUUUCAAGGGAAUCACUCAUCAACCAUUUGCAAUAGCAUAACUAGUUAUGACCUAUUGGCGAAUCGGCUAUUGGUGGACCUAGUAAGGAACGGCUAUAUCGAAGAAGCCGACUUAAUCGUGGCUUCCAUGGCCAUGCCGCUAUAUGCUGGUCGUUCUCUAAGUACGGGUCCUCUGGCGUGCUUCUAUGAGAGGCUUCGGGAUAUUCUCCAUACGCCAGGUGACGGAUUGGAGACUGCGAACUCUCCGAAUAUUGAACCCAGCUGUUCUCAGGAGCUACCUCAAAGCACUAUCAAGCAGUCGACUGUAUUCAAAGAAUCCUGGAUGAAGUUAAUCAAUGAACAUUCAAUGCGGGAGGGUGCACUGCAAGGAUUUAUCGAUCUAGGCUGUCUUCAAUGCCUGGACAGCAAAGAUGUCAAACGCAUAUUUCAAAUGGUCUGGUUCGGUGUGCUGGACCAGUUUGGCUUGACCCUGCAUUCCCCCUCUGACCCAGACCCAGAGAGACCCUUGAGAACUGCAUGGAGAUAUGGACCAGCUCGAUACUCGACAGGCCCUCAACUCCAGACUCUCUUUGAAUAUGCCCUUUAUGGUUGUCCGCCUGCAAGCUUUCGCUCGCUAGUUGCCAGGCCAGAUGUGGAUCUAGCUCCGACCAAUGAGACUUGUCUAAAGCUCUUUGAGCUAGCCAUAUGCAACUGCAGAACGGAAACAAUUCUUUGGUUCCUCAACAAUGGCUUUCAAGCAGACACAAAAUUUGGGGAGAGCAAAACGCCACCACUUUGUCUGUUGGCUCAAUCGAGGUACAAUGAGACUACUGCGGUGAAUCUACUUCUUGAACGAGGUGCUUCAGUCCACGCAGCAGAUAAAUACAACAGGUCCGCUUUGUUUUAUGCUGCGAUUUACACAAAAACGCGCCUUGUGCGAAGCUUGCUUGCGCGCGGUGCCGACCCCCUCCAAACCUCUUUAGAUAGGGAGAAAAGACAAAAUACUCCACUUGGAAAGGCAGUUUGGCAUGGCAGAGUCGAAAUUGUGGAGAUGUUUUUGGAAGCCUUAAAUGUUCGGCGUGUCAGAGUCGAUUGGCUUAUAACUUAUGUGUUAAAUUCGCGUGGAGGCAACUAUUUGAAGGUUGACAAGGCUUUAAGGCGGACUCAUUGGCGCAUGGUAUACCCUGUUCCAGAGUUAGAAGUGUGA